AUGGAGCAUGAGGAGGAGGAGCAGGUAGAGCAACUGGAGGAGGAUGAGCAGAUGGAGCAACAACAGGAGCCAGCAAAGAAGAAGGAAAAAAGAAAAGGGCCAACCAAGAGGAGAGCACUUCAGACAUUUCACAUAAGUCAGAAUAGGAACUAUGACUUCCACAGAAACUGCAAUGACAGCAUCAUAGUUGUGUGCACUAAUGUGAAAUGUCCUUUCUACAUUGCAGCUUCUGUUGUUGCAAAUGAAACUACUUUCUGCAUCAGAAAGGUUAAUCUUCUGCACACAUUCCCAGCAGUAGAAGAGAAUAGAAAGAAUUUGAAGAAGAAAUAUGGAGUAGAGAUCUCAACCCAUAUGGCCUAUAGGGCUAGGAAACAAGCAUUGAAGGUUGUCCAAGGAGACCAGAGAGGUCAAUACACUAGGAUUAGAGAUUAUUUGCAGGCUGUUUUGGACACAAACCUAGGAAGUAGAUGUGUUGUGACCACUGAGCAUUUGCCACAACACCCAAGCAAGAACUCAACGUUCCAUGGCCUGUUCUACUGUCUUAAUGCUUGCAAAGAAGGGUUUUUAAAUGGAUGUAGGCCAUUCAUAGGGGUAGAUGGUUGUUUUAUCAAGCUGUCAACAGGUCAGCAGAUCCUUGCUGCAACAGGAAGGGAUGGAAACAACAACAUAUACCCUAUAGCAUUUGGUGUUGUUGACAAAGAGGACACAAACAGCUGGACCUGGUUCUUAACACAACUGAAAGAUGCACUUGGUGGAGAAAGUGGAAAGUUUGGGUAUUAUACUAUCAUUUCUGAUAGGCAGAAGGGCCUUUUAAAUGCAGUAAACCAUGUUUUUCCCAAUUGUCCACAAAGAUUCUGCCUUAGACACAUUUAUCAAAAUUUCCAAACUGCUGUUUUUAGAGGUGAUGAAUUAAAGAAACACAUGGAUGCAGCUAGUUACUCUUAUACUAAGAAUGAACACCUAGCUGCAAUGAAUGAUUUGAAAAGAGAGUGUAAGGCAGCUUGGGCAUGGCUUAAUAAAGUACCAGUUCAUACAUGGGCUAGACAUGCAAUGGAUUUUACCUGCAAUACUGACCUAGUUGUGAACAACAUCAGUGAGGUGUUUAACAAAAUGGUCCUAGAUGUUAGAGGGAAGCCAAUAAAGACCAUGCUGGAAGGAAUUAGGACUAAAUUGAUGGUCAAAUUUAACACCAAUAGAACUAAAACAGAGACAGCAAAUUGGGAGAUUUGCCCAACAUAUGCAGAGAUGUUAGAGGAGGCAAAGUACAACUUAAGGUGGUGCCAAUCUUUGAUGUCUGGUCCUAACAUUUACCAAGUUAGUAGUGGAGAUAACACCUACUCAGUGAACUUGCUGCACAGAACAUGUGGAUGUAGGAAGUGGGAUAUGACUGCUAUGCCUUGCAACCAUGCAGUCUCUGCAAUUGUGAAAGCUAAGUUGCAACCUGAAGACUUUGUUGAUGAUUUCUUCAAGAAGGAAAUGUACCAAAAAGCAUAUGGCCAUAUCAUAUUUCCUGUCCCUGGUCCAAAUCUGUGGCCAAGGACAAGAACUCAGGACAUAGAGCCUCCAGUUUUCAGAGAUAAAGUUGGGAAGCAACAAACAAAGAGGAGGAAAAACCAAUUUGAGAAGCCAGCACCAAGAGAUACAUCUAGGAUGGCAUCCAUUACUUGUAGCAACUGCAAACUUGUAGGGCACAGAUACACUGUGUGCUCCAAGCCCUUGAAACCAGCUCUUGCUAUGAGACAAAACCAGCAUCUGGUUAGCUAAGCAUAUUUGUUUCUGUUUUUGUAGUUAUGUCUCAAUUGUAAUUCAUAGUUCAUGAUUGUUUUUGUUUUUUAAAAUGCAACCAACCAGGUCACAUGCUUCUG